GGGAGAGAGGCGGACAAGGAGGCGGUGUUUGGCUCGGUGUCGACAGACGGCUGCUGACAAAACAGCCGACUGGCCCUUUAAAUCACCAAUAGCGCAUUCCGAGAGCACAGAGUGAUUCGAGCACCCUUGCGCGGCCGGCCUCUCCCUCCUCUCCUCCUUCCCCGCGUACCGAGCAGCGGAGGCGGACUCCAUCCGUGUCACGAAGCCGGAUUCCCCCAACCCUUGGCCGGCGAAGAGAGAGCACUGCUUCCGCUGGCUGCCUAGAAGAUUUUGCCUCACCGAACCGGACUGCGCUCUCAAUUUUCUGCAGUGUUGGUGCAUUCUGAUGGAUAAGUAUGUCCACCACUAAUAAUAUCGCCCAGGCCAGGAAACUGGUGGAGCAGCUAAGGAUCGAGGCAGGAAUCGAGCGGAUUAAGGUAUCCAAAGCGGCCGCCGAUUUGAUGAGUUACUGUGAGCAGCGCGCUCGCAGCGACCCGCUGCUAGUUGGCGUUCCCACCUCCGAAAACCCUUUUAAGGACAAGAAGCCCUGCAUCAUCCUAUAGCUGCGCUCUACACACAAACAAAUACACACACAAACAAAACUUACACCCACACAAACACACACAAUAUACGAGUACAUACUCCCAAAAUAGCCUCUCUGGAAAAGCGCCAUAAUCUACAGCCGAACUAAGGAUGGAGGUAAAGGGUGGGGGUCCUAACCGUAGUGAUGAGAUCCGUGUGAACCAAGGUGCUUUGGUGUAAUAUUCACAUAAUGCUGGUUAACUGUCAUUUUAACUUGAAAGGGAAGCGAUUAGCAGCAUUUAUUUUUGUGGUGGAGGUGUGGGUAACAUAUAGGAAGUAGUCAUCGAAAGUUGGACGUACUCUGUAUGAGCUGGCAAUUCUUCUUUGUAAAACUGUAGAGAUAGAAUGGAAAAGUUGACCUGACUUUUGAAGAAAAGCCCCUUUCAUACAACCCGUCAAAAGUGAAAGUUGGAAGUACUCGACCUAUCAAUUUCCAGUUGCCCCUUUCAACGUUUUGACUUUUUGCCGUGUGUUAAAAGAUCGUAACUUUAAGGUGGUACCAAGUUGUUUUGUUCCGAUACUGAUUCUGAUACAUGCCUAAGCGAUAUUUGCCGAUGUUGAUACCGUACCGAUACCACACCGUUUGAAAAAAAAAAUACAAUAUCAUUUUUAUUCAGUGUGGUUACUACCGUUUACAUCGGAAACAGUACGCUAUUAGCACUGUGUUUUUUCUUCUUCUGUAGUUUUAUAGCAGUUGGAAACACAUUCACAAAGUGUACAUAUGACAUCGGCACAUUAUUUGCUAGUACUCGCCGAUACCAAUGCCAGCAUUUUAAGUGCGUUUUGAGUCCUUUAGUAGUAUUGGUUGGUACAACACCAGUACAAAGUCAAACGCUGAAAGGAUUUUACAGCUUUUUAGCUAGAUCAUUGUUGCGCGAGAAAGGUAGCGUCACAAUAGAGCCGGAAUACUGUCAAUGAAAAUACCGCCUCUACUGUUGUGGAUCCAAUGCGUCAAAUUCAAAGUCUAAAUGUUUCUGUACAGAGUACGGACAGCUUUUGAUGACCAGCCCUUAUGGAGCUAAAUUAAGGCCAAAAGGAAUUAUAAUCUGAAAUUUAGAAAAGAUUGAAAAAAACAUUUUGAAACCGAAAGCUUAAAGGGAACCUUGGACUUAAAGACUUGUAGGCGCUAAUAAACCACAAUUGUUCUCUUUUAGUAAAAUAUGUUAUUAGAAACAUAUAAAAUAUUGCCAUUGAUUUAAAAAUCUAAAAUAUUUAGUACAUGUUUUGACCUACGGAGAGCGCCACUUUUUUAUACCUGCAAUGGAGGCUCGGAGUGAUGACGUAGAUUGUCAUUGCCACUCGAAGAACACUACCGGUUUACUGCAAUUCUUCAACACAUGCGCACAUCGGUUAAAAGCGGCAAGUGCUUACUAUUUGUGUUUUUAUUGAGUCUUUUAUUACCUUUACAUUGCCUCAAAAUACUUUUUGCAUGUGUUUCCCUCUCAUACCUUUAAGCAUUGUGUUUUCAUCUGGUUGCUUUAAAGCAGACUAUUGAUCUGUUGACCACAUUAGUCACGUAGCGUAUUUAAACCACUCUUAUUUGAUAUUACUACGUUUAAGUAUGUUCUGUCUGUAUGCAUCUAAACGAAACAAGCUGAAAGCGCACGGUAGUACUUUGGGUGUCAAAUUCGCCUCUUGUACGACGUUUCGCUGGUGUAGCACAUUUUGGCAGAACACCGUUUUGUCAUACUCUCGUCUCGUCUCAUCCCGUCUUUCCUGUUCGGUUUGCUUUUCCUGCUCGUUUUGUGAAAUAUCGACAGUGCUGUCAUGCUAAUUAAUAUUCCUCUUGGGUUCAAAUUGAAAGGGUUGAACAGAUGACAUGUUUACGUAUGUCGCUAGAGUUAUACUCUGGAAGCCCAGCAGCGUAACCAAGUGACGUCACCACCCUGCGACGUCAACAACAAUGGCGACCUACUAGUUAAACUAAUUUUACAAAUUGUGUAUAAACUAAAACAUCAAGACGGGUUUUAAAAUCAAAUUAUUUUUACUCAUAAUAACGUUUCUCUCUUAAGAACUACAAGUCUUUCUAUCCGUGGAUCCCUUUAAGGUUUGUUGUUGAAUCUUUUAAAACAUAAAAGCACUUUUUUUCAGUUGCAGAGUUGAUAUUUUCAGGUUUAAAUGUAAACUUUUUUUUUUAUAUCAAAUAUCAUUUAUAUCAAAUAUCAAGAAAAUAAAGUGGAGGGAGUGGAGGGUAUAAUCUAUCAAAGUGCCCACAUUUCCUGAAGGCUACAUAAUUUAGGGAUGCUUUCCUGCUUUUACACGGUGUCGUACUUAUGGUAAAAACCACUUAUCAACUCAAAAAUUGCAUGUGAACGCCCCCUUAAGUCGUAUUUUCUACUGGAGAACUACGAUUUUAGUAUGAUACCCGAGUUUCCGAGAUAGGACAACCUUUAACUUUUCAAAAUGGCGGCGCGCAAUCAAGACGUUGUGAAUAAUAAGAAACUAAGUUUUUAAAGAAGAGUUAUCGUCAAUUUCCACGCUUUUUUUCUUUAUGCCAGCAUAAUAAUAUAGUGUACACUACUCUUAUUUUUCAACCAAGCGUUUGCGAUCAUUUUAGCUUUACAUAGCGAAAGAGAAAUGGGUUAGCACUUGGUUGGCAGUCUGAGCAGAACACUCACAUAAAUGUACUUGUUUACAGUUGAUGUGUGAUCAUCUUUCCCAGAACACAUGAAGAUGGCACUUGAUCGCCAAAAUUUCAAAACUGAAAAAAAUAUAGAGAGAGAUCUGAAAGUGAAAAAUAUAUUUGAAAGUGAAAAAAAAGAUAUUUAAACUUUAAAAAAAUAUCUGAAGGGGAAAAUAAUAUAACUUAGAACAAAAAGGUCAUAUUUGAGUAUGAAAAUAUCCACUCUGUAACUGAUUCAAGAAGAAACCCUAAAUGUUCAGUUUCAAUCUUUUUUUUUUUUUCAAAGAUUACAAUACUUUUGGCCUUGAUUUAGCUCAAUAGGCCCAGACGGAAAUGUACCAAAAGAAAAACAACAACUUCCUGCUUCUUGUAUGAAAGCUGUUUCCUUCAUAUUGAUUGUUUAAAAAAAAAGGUAAAGAUUAAGAAACGGCAGUGUACAAACUUUCUUUAAUCCAUGAAACCAUUUGAAGGGUAGCUGUUUUCAUUUCUUGGUUUUUAACAAAGUCGAACGCUCAUGUUUCUCUUUUUCGUAUUAUCGUGUUUGGAACGUCUCAAAAAGUUUGGCUUUCGUUCAACUCAUUGAUCAUUCGCCACCAGCCUUUCCCAGUCCAGAUGGAUUGGACGUCUAUCGCCGUCAAUGGCAGCCAGUGAGUAAAUGUUCUCUACUUUGUCAUUCAGUCAGCGUUCCUGCGUGAAGGGUAGCAAUGGAUUGUGGGUAUCUUUUUCUGGGUUUCUCUUCUGCGCGAAAGGUCGUGAUGCCCGUAUUUGGUCAUCUUACCCAAGUGUUUUGAUCGGUCCAUUGUCAGUUCCCCUUCUAGUCGUGCUGUGUGUAAAACAAAAAAGUACAUUUCAUACUUUUCAUAUCAAAACAUGACGAAUUCCACGAAGACCACAGCCUUGAAAAUUGACUUUUUUCUGAACUUAUUAUUUUUGCCUUGAUGAUUGAGAGGCAAAUCCCUUUUAUUGGGUGGGGGGGUUCUCUGACGUGCCAUACAUAUACCAUAUAAGUCAUGUUUUUCUCGCACACUGUUAAUAUUUUGUGGAUAUUUGUUGUCAAGACAAAAAUAUUGAUAAGUAGAUUAAAUGAAUAAAAAAGAUGAUAUAACAGACCUGUGUUUUUCUUGUGGUAGUAAAAGAGGGAAAUUAAUAUUGAAAAGGCAUAAUGACAGCAGCGGACGUCCAUUACAUUUCAAUGGAUUGGACAUCUAUGGCCGUCAAUGGCAGCCAAAGAGAUAAGGAAUGUGGGGUUGGAUUGGAAUAUAUGUUUGAAAUCUUCUUUCUUAAAUUUGUUAUCAUUUGU